UUAAUCUCACAUCAAAUUUAAUUAAAACAGAUUACCAAACAAAUCCCAGUUUGGAUCUCUCUCUCUCACCUCCUUCUCAGCUCUAUACAUCUCUCUCUCCUCCUUCUCAGCUCUGUACAUCUCUCUCUCUCUGGCAAACACGAAACAUUCGAGGAACUGCUGGAGGAGUCUUCAGAUUUGUCCAAGCGUAGUGGAGCACCUGCUGGAGAGUUUUAUUGCUAUUACUUGAUGAUAUUUGUUGGAAAUUUUAGAGGAGCUUCAGAGGAGUCUUGAAUUUAGGCCAAGAAACUCGUGCUCAGAAUGAUUUCGUCUAUGCGCUAGAUAAUCUAGUGUGCAACAAUGCUUCGGACUGAUUUUACAAAAACCAGACAUAUUCAUAGGCAAUUUGGUAGAUUGGACUGUGUUGGAGGGUAUAUAUGGCUCUAAUUUAGAUCUUGAUAGGAGAUGGUAGAGAGUGAUUUGACCACAGAAAGGGUUGAGUACACGGGAGCCAACUAUGCUCAGAGUGGAAGUCAAUUGUCAGGUCUUCGCAGGGAGCCUUCAUUUUCUCGCUGGUGCGAUGAAGAUGGGACAGUGCAUUUUGAUUGUCUAGUAGGAAAUACGGAUGCUACUGCAGAAGAAGAGUCUGACUUUGAAUUGCCCAAGCUCCAACAGGGUGAGCUAGAAAACAGUAUUUUAGAUAAGGACAGAUACCUCAGUGCAAAAUCUCAGAAGAGAAAUAUGCACUUGAACGGUGGUGAUGCCAUGGAUGAUGCUUCUAACCAGAUUGGUGGGAAUGGAAAUGAGGAGUAUCUGCCCUUUGAUAUCGAGAAUGGGUCUGCAAGGGAGGUACAUGGUGUAGAUAGCUCCAAUUCUAUGCAUAACCAUAAAGCAUUACCGUCCAAUUUAGAGAACCCUAUUACUCUUCCAAAUGUGUUGAAGAUAUUGUUCUUUGUACUUGUAUGGUACACUUUCAGCCUGAUGUUGACCUUGUACAAUAAAAGUCUGUUAGGAGAUCAUUUGGGGAAGUUUCCUGCGCCCUUUAUGAUGAAUACAGUUCAUUUCACAAUGCAAGCUGUUUUGUCGAAGGCAAUCACAUGGUAUUGGUCUAAUAGAUUCCAAACUGGUGUUGUUAUGUCAUGGAGAGAUUACUUCGUGAAAGUUGUACCCACGGCUAUUGGAACAGCAAUGGAUGUUAAUCUAAGCAACGCAUCCCUUGUUUUUAUAUCUGUCACGUUUGCCACAAUGUGUAAAUCCGCUGCUCCUAUAUUUCUCCUCCUAUUCGCUUUUGCUUUCAGAUUGGAGUCACCAAGCGUUAGACUUUCGGGGAUCAUAUUAAUUAUCUCCCUCGGAAUACUAUUAACAGUUGCAAAAGAGACAGAAUUUAACUUUUGGGGAUUCAUUUUUGUCAUGCUUGCUGCUGUAAUGUCCGGCUUCCGUUGGUGCAUGACUCAAAUUCUUUUGCAGAAAGAAGAUUAUGGUUUGAGAAAUCCGCUUACUUUGAUGAGCUUUGUGACCCCAGUGAUGGCAGUAUUAACUGCCAUUCUCUCUCUUGUCUUUGAUCCGUGGGAUGAACUUAGAGAAAACAAUUACUUCGAUAAUCCAGGGCAUGUUGGUCGAAGUUUGUUGCUGAUGCUUUUUGGUGGAACCCUUGCCUUUUUUAUGGUAUUAACAGAAUUCGUUCUUGUCUCAGUAACCAGUGCCGUCACAGUAACAAUAGCAGGUGUUGUUAAGGAGGCUCUCACUAUAUUGGUUGCAGUCAUUUACUUCCACGAUGAAUUUACCAGGUUGAAAGGAGCUGGACUCUUUAUAAUUAUGCUUGGUGUUAGUUUAUUCAACUGGUACAAAUACGAUAAGCUUAAGGCGCGUCAUACAAGGGAAGAUGACAUGGAGGAACCAAUCACGACAAAUAAUGCUGCAAAAUAUGUUAUUCUUGAGGAAAUGGAUGAGCAAGAUGAUGGCAAAUGAAAGCUGUACCGAGUCCAUGCAUCUAAUUUUGAAGUAAGCCAAUUCAUUUCUCUUAUCUUCUUCAAGCUUUGCCCAAGAAUCAACGCGUGGCGAGAUUCUGCAGCUGCUGCCCAAAAAUCAGAACAGUAUUAGGAAUUAGUAUAUAUGGAGUGUUGUUGGUUAGGAAUUUGGAUAUGAGCGUCAGCGAUGUCAAAUUCAAUAAUGCUUCUCUUUUUUGGUCCGGAUUAUUUUUUGUUAAAAUAGAGGGUGUUGUUUGCAACCGCAAGCUCCCAGAUUCUUGUAAUUUUAUCAUUCACGAAGGACUGUCAUUGUCCUUUCUGUAUGUUACAAAUUGAUUUUUUUUUUUCUUUAGUGAAUUUCAUAUCUUGAUUCAA